GUUAGUUGAUUUCACAUUUUUCUAGGGUUACUUGAAACCCAAGGAUAAAAAUGGCAUGCUGUCAUUGCUAACUAUCAGACAUAAACAGUAUAGAAAAUUAUAAGCUAGCAAGUCAAUAUGCCAAACUUUGGGGUCAGUGAGGAUGGACCGCCUGGGUUUUCGUUAACCAAGGCAGUGGAGAAUGUGAGUCAACAUGGCUAUACCCAGAAAGAGGCCCUGAAAGAGAAACAGAGGACACUCAGUACCCUGCAGGCAACUCUGUCAGAGCUUGAGAGGAAAAACGAGGGCAUAGACAAGGACCUGAGAUCAAAAGUGAGAGAAAUCCUAGUGCUGGAAAGUGAGAUGGAGCAGCUGGAGCAGCAGACCAAACUCCUUCAUGAUCGCUGUGUAUCCAUCAGCAAGGAAAACACAGAACUCCAGAUUCUGAUAGGUGAGGAGGAGGAGAUUGCACUAGUGGCGCUUGCAGGGUUCAACGCUUACCGAAGUAAGAUGGAAGGCCACAGGGCAGCUGUUUUGCAUGCAGUGAGCCAGACAAAGGCCCAUAACGAGCUGAAGGAGAAGAAAGAACUAGUACAGAUGCUGAGAAAGCAAAACGAGGAGCUGAAGGAAGAUUUGAACAAUCCAAAUGGAAACACAGUGCAGAUGGCAAAGAGAGAGAUUAAAGCUCUGAAAGAGGAGGUCUCCCUGAAGAUGAAGACCAUAUCUGAGAAGAGACACCGGCUCCAAAAAGAGUCUGAGAUUCAUGGCCAAAUAAAGAAAGACAUAGAGAUCCAGAACAGGCGCUAUGAAGCCAUCAUGAAGCGCCUACGCUGCCAGCUGAGCAGGGCACAAGCCAACCACAGGCAAAUGUCUGAUGAUAUCUACCACAUGAGGAGACAGCUAGCCGAGCUCAGGAGUCAGCAACAGUCAUCACAACCAUAAGCAGUCAGUGGUCAUCGAACUGUAGUGUUAGAUUAAUGUGGGUUAAUUGUUCUGUUAUUGAGAUAAAUGUACACCAGUUGUUAUUAUGAGUGUGUUAGUUUAACAAGGAAGGAGCAUUCUUGUUACUGAAGUUAAACAACAGGGGGCAGCCGUGACCACUGAAUGCCUGACUUUAUCUGUUUGGCUUUCUUGCUUUAUGCCAGAUAUUUAUACAAGAGUUAUUGCUGAAUGUGUUCCUUGACAUGUGCAAGUUUUCUUUUCUUGUUUUUUCCCUUUUCUCAGAUGAAAAGCAUAAAUAUGGAAAUGAAAGGACCGUGUCUUGUGGCUCAGCAUCAGCAGGGGCGUGGGAUGGGAUUUUAGGUCAGGUGGUGUUAGUGAAUCAGUUCAUCCACAACAGUAACCCGAGCAAAACACAAGCCAAAUGUCCACUGUAACUGUCAGUGUGGCAGUGCUGCUUUGGUACACCCUGUCCCAGCUUCUGCCUGACUGGGGCACUUGACGGUUCUGAGGCGACAGUCCCACUGUCGGGUUAACAAGGGCGUGACUGUGCUACUUCAACCAUAACGCGAAAGUAAUUAAACAAUGAAGCUGCCUUUUCAGAAGAUGAAAUCACAUCAGACUGAAUUGAAUCAGCCUCUGAGAAACCCCAGAACUUUAUAACUCUACACUUUUCACA